AUGGAUAACGAACAUCUUGGUCGUUUGAAAUCCAACUGCUGUUGUAUCUAUACCCGACCUCGCGUCUGGGAUGACCCCAGCACCUGGGAACAGGAUGAGGCGGAGACAGAACAUUGCCGCGGUCAUACCUUACCACCACCUCCACCAGCGUCUACACAUAAGAAAGACGAUGUCAAAGACAAUGCUGCUGAUGUGAAUGGACCGAGCAGUGAAUAA